AAGCUUGUCCGCCUUUAGCAGCGUGCAAGCCGGGGAAGGAUUCCUGGGCCACCACCCUCAAGCCGAAGCCUCCCGGCUGGAGGCAGCAGGGACAGGGAGGUUUCAAUGGAUUUUACAGGUCCUCCACUACCUUUACAAGAUAAUGGCUUUAAAACAACAACCCCUGAAGCUUCUGGCAUACCAGAAGAUGAGAUGGCAAGUCUUGAAGAAGAACUCAGGAUCUGGAAGGAAAGAGUUGAAAAAGCUGAAAAAGAAAAAGCUGCUCUUGCCUGCCAAUUAAAUGCUGAAGAAGGGUGUGCUAAAGCAGAGGAGGAUCUGAUAAAGCUAGAUGUGGAAGAGGAACAGCAGAAGGACAUGAUGAUGCCUAGGGAUGCCUAUGAGAGAGAACUCUCUGAACUAAACCAAGAAAACACUGAGCUGCAGAGAGAGCUUGAAAAGCUCAAAGAAGAGAUUGCAGAAUGGACUUCAGAGCUUUCACAGCAUAGGCAGAUUAAAAAGAAGGUAGCAGAAGUGAAAAUGAAGUUCACUCACAUGGAAGAUAUGCAGGAUGAUUAUGCAGAUAUGAAUAUUCACUGUGUUUUUGGAGUAGCUACAAAAAGCCCAUUCAAACUGAAAAAAAAUGAGGCCCUGCUUACUUUUGAAGAUGAAGAAGUUGCCCAGAGGCUGAUAGAAAUGGGUGAGCACACUGUGGACCUGGACAACAAAAAAGCAGAUGUGGGAGUGAAGCCUGUUACACUUGAAAUGGGAGUAAAAUUUCAGCUCCAUGUCACUAUUUCUGGAACGAAGAUCAACGUCUCAGAAGUCCCUGACCUGUCCAUCCCUGACGACUGGAUGAGAGACAAAUUAGAGCUGAAUUUCUACAGAUCUAAACAGGGAGGAGGAGGAGAAGUAGAAAAUGUGCAGUAUGACAAGCAGUCUAGAGCAGCUGUGAUUACGUUCCUCACACCUGGAGCAGCUAACAGCUUUGUGAGAUGUACCCACUAUCCUUUCUAUGCAAAUGGAAGGUGCUACAGGCUUGCUGUGUCCCAAAGCACUGAUGCGCACUUGGAACAGUUUCAGCUCUAUCGUGGGAUUUCUAAGAGGACCAUUCUGUUGAAAGGAAUUAAAGAUGCAGAAGAUGAUGAGGAGAUUGUACAGGACAUGAUUGAAAUUCAUUUUCAAAAGCCUACUAAUGGUGGUGGGGAAGUAGACGAAAUCAAAUACUCACCAGGAGGAACAUGGGUUUAUCUUGAGGAGGAUAUUUAGAAUGCCAUAUAGGAAAUCGUAGAAAGACCUCAUGAAGUUCUUCAUCAGAGGCAUAGGAGGUGAUGGAGACAUUGUGCUUUAAUGUUCUGAAACUUCUACUUGAAAAAGAACUGUCCUUCUUCCUGAUUUGUGUAAUGGCACAGACUUUGUCUAGAAAUUCAGCAAAACUCGCUGCUUGGUGUUCCAGAGGUUCCUGAUUGAAAUCAGAAAAGGACAGGGGUUGGACUCAAUGAUCCUGAUGGGUCAUAUUCUGUGAUUCUAUGGUCCUGUGAAAAAGCCUUUACCAGCACUUGAAACUUCAUCUCAGAUUGCUUUCUGCUAAUGUGCAGAUUUUGUAUCUUGCAAACGUCAGAGAGGUCGCGUACACCCCGAAGUGGGAUAAAUCUAUUUCUUCCCACCUUUUGAUUACUAAAGCUGUAUGUCAGCACAAUCAAAAGCCUCUUCACAGGCUUUUUCAAAGUGCCACAGCUGCAGAAGGUACCUCCGACAGAACUCCAGCCCCACAGAGUGCCUGACACACAAGUGCCUGAAAGCCAUUAUCCUGUAAUGCCAUAAAAUCUGCACUCUCAAAUCAGCGAGUGCAAAACCACCACAGAUUUACUCAGGAAGUUUCACCUUGUAAGAAAUCCCAUGGCAGUCACACUGCUUUUAGCUGUUGAGAUGUUGUUACUGCUCCUAGGAUCUGAUGCACAUUUUACUCAGCUCCUGAUACCUUUGGCUGUGCUGUGUUAAAUGCCUGGACUUGAUGAUCUCAAAGGUCUUUUCCAACCCAAACUAUCCCAUGAUUGUGUAAGUUAAUGGCUUGGUUUAUUGAUUGGUUUUAACGUGUGCUUCUACAAAAUGCGGUUUUUCCUCA